GGCCCACUCAAUUCUUCCAGAUUGUACUGGAUGCUUCUCUUCUCUUCCCUUCUAAUCCCCACCGUUGAACACAAAAGCGCACUCAAAUAUUCAAACCUCCUCAGCCUUUCCCAGCUCUCUAUCCGUCUCCGCCACUCUGCUCCGCUCUCCGCUCUCCACUCUCCUCUUCAUCCCAACAAAAGUAAAAAAAAAAAAAAAAAAAAAAAACCCUAAGAACACAAAUUAAACAUUCCAGAAAAUAAUUUUAAGAAAAAAAAAUGUUUGGGGUCGUCUUCCCGAAUCGCAGCUUCCCAAUGGACAUCUCCUCCUUCUCCCAAAUCGACACCUUCCACUGGAUUCUCGACAUGAACACCUUCGUUGGGGAGGCGUACGAUCAAGUCUGCGAGCUCUGCAUAUUCCUCUUAAACAACUUCACACUCCCGCCGGACAAAGCCCUAGCCGUCUACAUCCAGUCCCCGGGCUCCGCCUUCUUCUUCUGCGGCGCCGUCACCGUGGCGAGGCCUUCGGCGGUGCUUUCUCUGCCCUGGCCCGAGCCCGGCGGCCAGCUCCAGCUCACAGCCGACGCGACGCCGCUGUCGGCCAAAAUCGGCGUGUCGGUGGAGGACCUGGCGACGCUUCCGUCGCUGGACGUCACCGCCGAGAAGCGAAUCGAGCGGCUGGCGAUGAAGGUUGGGGAGAACCUGUUCAAUUUCAUGCAGUCGUUUUGCGGCGUGGAUGGGAGCAAGCUGGUGGUGCCUAUGGAUAUAUUGGACCGGUGGUUCAAGAAGUUUCAGGAGAGGGCUAAGCGCGAUCCUGAGUACUUGAAAGGCUUCGCUUUGUAAUUUUGCGGUAGAAGAAUAGAUCACUUUUGGGUUCUGAAUUAGAGGCAAGGCAAAUUUGUACCAGAAUUCGGGCAUGGUGUGCGGAUGGAGUUGAAUGCUGGUGACAACAAUGGUAGCUUUUGUUCGAGUGGUGGUUCGGCAUGUUGACUGCUAGUGCUGAAAAGUACGGCAUUGUAGAUGGUGUAUACUAGUUAGUUUGAAUUUUAUUGCGAGAAAUCGCCUAAUCAGAGAUCUGUGCCAGAAUUGUUACUUAGGUGGUUUAUAUUAGUUGGUUUGAAUUUGAUUGCGAGAAACCGCCAAUCAGAGAUCUGUGCCGGAGUUGUUAGUCAGAGCUCCGUGCCGGAAUUGUUACUUUUAUGUUUCAUUUAGAAUUUACUCAGUCAUGUCAUGUAAUGACAACCAUGUUUUGAUAAGAAGCUCAGGCAAAAACCCAAUGGGAUGGAACGGAGUAGAGCUCAGCCAGAUUUUAGGAUUAGGACUAUAAUAUGGUUGAUUUAGGAGACA